CUCGGUUCCGGUUCCGGUUCCGGUUCGGUGCCGGUCGGGCCCCGCGGCGCUGCCGCCAUGGAGCCGGCGGAGGCGGAGUUCCUGGCCGAGAAGGAGCUGGUGACGAUCGUGCCCAACUUCAGUCUCGACCGGAUCCAUCUUAUUGGGGGAGAUCUGGGUCCUUUCAAUCCUGGCUUGCCGGUGGAAGUGCCUGUCUGGUUGGCCAUUAACCUGAAGCAGAGGCAGAAGUGUCGGCUGAUUCCUCCAGAAUGGAUGGAUGUUGAAAAACUGGAGGAAAUCCGGGACCAGGAACGUAAAGAGGACACCUUCACGCCGAUGCCCAGUCCGUACUAUAUGGAACUCACAAAGCUGCUGUUAAACUAUGCCUCGGACAACAUCCCCAAAGCCGACGAGAUUCGGACGCUGGUGAAGGAGACGUGGGACACCCGGCUAGCCAAGCUGCGGCUGUCUGCGGACAGCUUCGUCAGGCAGCAGGAAGCUCACGCCAAGCUGGAUAACUUAACCUUGAUGGAAAUCAACACGAUCGGGACUUUCCUUACUCAAGCCUUAGAUCACAUGUACAAGCUCCGGACUAACCUUCAGCCUGGCGAGAGUGCCCACUCCCAGGAUUUCUGAGAGCUGGGCCUCUCUCCUGGGUUCAGAGAUCUGCCGGGCGCAGGUGGGGGCUUGCCAGUGCAAAGCUUAAGCCGCUGUCUAAUGAUGUCAGGCGGCUCUCUCCGCCCUGGAGAGUGUGGGUGUACUUCAUAGAGGGAACUUCUGAGGGCAGCACAGGCCACACACUGGCUUGAAAGCAAUAAAUUCCGAGGCGGCGCUUCACCAUGGAUUUUCUCAGAGCCUUGGAAAAGGGGGAAGCUGUGCGGGCGAUGAGAGGUGUCUGCUACUCCGCUGGGGAGAUCAGCUGGGAAGCAGAUCCAUCUGCUCUUUGGAGAAGGACAAAAGAAAAUGGUUUUCCCUCCCCCAAGCCAGGCUGUCUUGUAAUGUCAUAUGUCUGACUGUUAUUUUUUUAUUUUUUUUAUUAUUAUUAUUUUUAUUAAUCUGAAACUCCUUGUGUACAAAAUAAACAAAAAUAUAAUUGCAGCCGAGCGAACGGCCUCGAAUUAAGCCCCCCCACCCCCCACCCCACCCCGUGCUCUGUGCAUCCAGCACCCAUGGGUGAAACAAUGCUUGGAAAAACCCGCAGCUCUCCUCCUUUUGGCUCCGGCCCCCUUCCCCUGCGGCAGCCCGGCAGGCAAGGGCAGGAUCCUCGCCGGCGUGGGGGCUGCCUUGAUGGCAGAUGUAAUUAUUCCAGGCGAGGGGAGAAUGGGCUGGGGGGCGGGGGGGGGAAACCCAAACUGUCAGCAGUGCCUUUCCCUGAGCAUCUGGGCCAGGCUCCUGCCUGCCAUCUGUGCCCUGCCUGCCUCAGUGUCCCGUCCCCCCCACGGGGGACACACACACACACACACGCAAGGAGGGCAGGAGCUGCCCUGGGUGAGGCUGGGGGCUGCUUUCCCAUCACUGCCCGGGGUGAGGUGGUGGGGAGGGGGGGGGAGAAACAAUCCUUUGUCGUCUCGGUGGAAGAGUUUAUUUCGUCGUUGUUGUUGUUUUGGAUGUUUUCAGGAAUUACAACAAUAUAUUCGUAAAUACCUAAUUACUACAUUCAACAAAUAAUAUAUUACAAUUAAUUCAAACAAGUACACUUAGAACAUGUUUAGGGGUUGGUUUGGGGUUUUUUUUCCUCCUUUUUUUUUUUUGUUUUUUUUUUUUUUUUUCGGUUUUGCUUUCUUUCACAGCAUCUAAACUGCCCCCAGCGGGCUCUGCCUCGCCUUUCCCUCCUCGCAGCCCUCCCAGGCUCUGGCGCAGCUGCUCCAGCAAUUCUGCACGGGGUACGUACAAACAGGCCCGACCGCUCGCCACGGCCCCGGCGGGAAUAAUUCCGAGAAAUUGGUCCAAAAAAAUACGCGAUUACGGGCUGGUGAGAAGGGAAAAGUCUCGGUACAGGAGCAGCUACGAAGCGAGGCUGCACCCCAGCCAGGCUCCUGCCCACGGCCUCGUCGUGGCGGCAGCAAGGGAGAAAUUGCUGAUGAUUUUCCAUCCCUGGCUUGUUCCCCCCCCCGCCCCGUCACCCCCCCGAGCACACGCGAAGGGAGAAACCGAGUGGAGCAGCAAGCGUAUUUUGCUGUGUUAAAAUUCAUUGUGAAGCCCAGAGUUGGCAGCAGCUAGGCCAGAGGCUGGCGAUGCAAUUGGGGAUUUAAAAAAGAUUAAACUAAUUUCUGUCACAAGGGCAUUUUGCUUUUUAAUCUUGCAGGGCUUUUUUUUUA